GAAAAAAGCAAUUCUAAGAUAAAGCAAGGAAGGGAGGAAACAAGCUCUAAGGCGGGUGUUGUUGAGGAAAUACCUUAGUCUUUCUCUAGCUUCCUGUAUAUAAAACGUAGUUAGCACAGCCUAGUCUGUCUGACGUUCCCUCUCGUCAAGGACUACUCAAGGAGAGUUGAUCAAUAUUUUUCCUUCGUUAAAAAAAGCCCAACAAAAACUUUUAGUAGGAUUAUGUAAAGUUGGUGUAUAGAAGUACUAUCGUCGCAAAGCCGACGAGGAAGUGAUGCUUAGAUCAUUGGGAGGGGUCUAACCAACGCAUCAAUAUAGCCCUUAGCAAUCAUAUAUGGAACUUAUCACACCCGCAUACGACAUCUCCAGUACUCGAUCCAUUUCCUCCACCCCCAAGCAAACAUUUUGCUCCUGCACACCAACUGUUUGAUAUUUUGUCUGUUACAAAAUUUUAGUAAUUCGCCUCCCAAUUACACUUUAAUUAUACAGUUUUCUAACUUUUGCUAAUAUUGAAAACCGUUUACUGACCAAACAAAGAUGAUCUGGAUGAUUCUUAGAAGGUCAAUCGUUUUUAAAGAAGUAACAAAUUAUCACUUUCGACACUCAAAACAAAUCCGGGCUGCGGUCCAUAACCAAACUAAAACGGCUCGUGAUUUCUUAAACGGACCGAAAAGUGGACCCGAUUAUUUAUUUUCAAAGUUUGGUGAUCAGUCCAAUGAUUACAAGAUUGACAUUGUCGAUGAUGAAACAUGGCAAGUUUCAACUGGUUUUGCUGAUAUGUUGAAAAACACUGAUAUUUCAAGGGAAGGACCUAACAGUGCUGCUCAUGAUCGAAACUUGAAAGACCCUGAUGAUGGUUUUGAUGAUAUUGAUGAUUUGAGAAUAUGUGGAAAGCUGUUUUAUAAACUUGACAAAGAUUCAAAAGAGUAUGAAGAAUACAAUUAUGAUUUCCACAGAAGAAAGAAAACGCCCAAAACUAAAACGAGAGAGAGAAUAGAUUCGAAGAAAAAUGAUGUGAUCAGGGAAGAAAAAAAAAUGAACGCAACCCCCCAAAAUAAGUUCAAAAAGAAAGAAACUUUGAUUGAAAAGAAGCAAAGGGUACCGACGUUUAAUCAAGUUACUGCGCCUUACCAUGAGCCGUUUUGUUUGGAUAUUUACAUCUCGAAAGCGUCUGUACGUGCGUGCAUUGUUCAUCGAGCGACAAGCAAAGUUGUGGUGGUGGCACAUUCCAUUUCUAAGGAUAUGAAAUUUGAUUUGGGUUCAACUAGGAACGUGGCAGCUUGUCAGGCUGUUGGGAAGGUGCUGGCACAAAGAGCGUUGGCUGAUGAUAUUCAUAAUGUGGUUUAUACGCCAAAAAAAGGUGAGAAAAUUGAGGGGAAGCUUCAAAGCGUGCUUCAGUGUUUGAUGAAGAAUGGGGUACAUGUCAAGGUUAAGAUUAAGCAGAAAAAAGGUCGGAAAUCUGGAUUCUAGCCUGCAGACUAUAAACGUAGGUAGUUUGUCAGUUUUUCUUCACUAGCUUGUGGUAAUCAUCUGAGAAUGGUCUUUUCUCACAAAAGUUGUAAGAUGGCUUUCUAAUUAUUUCAUUUUAUGUAUUGGUGAUCAUAUAGUGUUAA